AUGGGAAAAGUUUUUGGUGUAUUACUCGAAAAUGUGCCAACAUGUAAUGGUAUUCCGUAUCCUGUCUAUGAACUUAUUAGUUAUCUAACUGAAAAACAAUCCCGAAUAGAAGCUGAAGGAAUAUUUAGAAUAUCUGGGAAAUUAAAUGACAUUAAUAUUAUUAAAGCAAAAUAUGAUAAUGGAGAAACAGUUGAUUUGUCUAAAUAUGAUAUCCACACAGUGGCAGCUGUUUUAAAGGCAUUUUUUAGAGAAUUACCAGACUCAUUAGUUACUCAUGAAAAUACUGAUAUGAUAAUUGCUACAGUUCAAAUGGAUGAUAAAUUCUAUCCAACAAAAAUUAAAAAUAUUCAAAAUAUAUUAUCAUUUCUUCCAGAUAUUUAUUAUGAAACUUUAAAAUUAUUAAUUCAUUAUCUCAGAUUAAUUGCUGAUGCAUCAGCAAUUAAUAAAAUGAAUGUAUCAAAUAUUUCUGUCAUUUUUGGUGUAAAUAUAUUUACUGGUAUUGAUGUUGUUAAUUUACUUUCUUCAAAUAAUAGUGCAUGUUUUGCUUGUACUAGGUUUUUAAUUGAAAAUUAUAAAGAGGUAUUUGAUAUUGUUCAUGAUAAUUCCUUUAAAACAAUGCAACUCCCUCAAACUCAUGAGCCUGAAAAAAAAUUCCUUUCUAUUCCAAGAAAAUCCUCUAUUCCUCAAUCACAACCUAAACAAUCUCAAUCUCAAUCACAACCUCAACCUACAUCUAAUACUGUUUCAGUUCAAGUUCCAAAACAUGCCCCUCCACCAGUCCCUAAACAACGAAUAUUAUUUGGACAACCAGUUCAACAAAAGUCAGCAUCUACCCAACCCAUCUUUAUAUCUCCAAGUCACUCACCAAAUGCAACUCAAACUUUACGACCUUUACCUGCAAAACCACUACUUCCUGCAAAACCUAUUCGAAGUGAUAAUGUUAAUACUCCAGCACCUCAACCCAUACAUCGACCUCUCCCCCAAACUCCUUCACGAAAUCCUUCUCAACAACAUCAACCAAUUUUAACUAAAUCAGAGCCUUCAAUUGGAAGGUCUUUGCCUCCUAUCCCUCAAAAAAGAUCAGGAAUAAAUAUACAACAUACUCCUUAUCCACAAAUAUUGUAG